GGGGAGGGAUGUGAUGGAUAGACUCUUACCGAGACAAACAUGGAUAAACCCAUCACUCCUCCGUUCGUGUUGGGAGCCCCAUCUGCUGUUGUGUUGCCAACGAAUCCUCCCAAUGUUUCUAUGUUACGGCAAUUUCGUGAAUGCUAUUCCGAUCUGAGUGGUCUGAUUCCGUGUCCCGUGCUGGGGAGCAUUAUCCUCCUCUUCAUUCCAAACUCAAGAAUACGACUGAUACGAUUCAUCGGCCCGUGCGUCUCUCUCCUCACUUUCUUGUACUCCCUCGUUCUCCGGAUGCAAUCUGAUUCCUCCACGGCCGAAUUCCAAUUCGUGGGAACCAUUCGAUGGCUUCCUCAUGAGAACAUCAAUUUGUACAUGGGUCCAGAUGGUAUCUCCUCAUUCUUUGUGGUAUUGACCACAUUUCCAAUCCCUAUUCGCAUUCUAGUGGGCUGGUCCAGUAUAGAAAGUUAUGGGAAAGAGUAUGUUAUAGUAUUUCCAAUUUGCGAAUUUCUCAUGAUCGCCGUGUCUCGCAUGCCGGAUCUUUUACUACUCCAUGUUCUUCUCGAAAGCGUGCUAAUCCCUAUGUUGUGCGGAGCUGAGCACCUUCUAUUCGCUGGGAGCUUCUCCCUCUGCAGGAGCCUUGUGCAGUAAACCCCCUACGGGCGGUCCCCCGCGAAGCUCUCGGGAAGAAGGGUAGUCUUGUGUGUGGGCAUAGCAUUCCCGAACCGACAUCCAUCUAUGUCUUGGGAUCGUGGGGUACUCCGGGUAGUGGGUACCUCGCACGCCCCGCCUACUUGAGUAUUGUAUGGAUAUGCGGGAAAGGGUGCUCCCGGGGGUCCGACUCUUCUAAUUCGGGGCAGGGUGCAGACACACUUGCGCGGAUUCGGGUGACGGCUACAAGGCGAGGGAGAGAAAGGAAACUGUACCCGACCAGGGAUGGACGUAAACUCGGUUGCUAUCGCAAAGGGGGGAUAAUCGUCCUGGUCCUCGAAAAAAGCCGCCGCCCGUAUGCCCUAUAGAUAGUAGGGAUCGUCGCCGGCUCCCUCUUGGCAAGGAGAGGGAAGGAGUUGCUGAAACGAAAUGGACUAGUAUGAUUACGAAGAGAGACUGGCCGCAAAGAGAAAGAGCCGAGUUAUGGCGCCGUAGGGCCCUCCCUCAUCUAGAAUUCCUUACCACCCUGCUUCACUUCCCUCGCGAAUAGUAGGGGCCCACCCACCCCUCAGUGUGCAUUCAUAGGGCCCCUACUCGCGAGGGGCCGUUGGGGGGUAUAGUCGACGUUGUGGAUGAAAUGCCUUACAAUCUAUAGGGCGUCGAUCAUACGCCGCAAGCAUCCAUCUAUUCUUUGGAGACAGAGAAGCGGAGCCCCCUACCUCUAUAUUGGUCUAUAGUUGGGCGAAUCGAGUGGGAAUCCACCCAUGGAGAGGUAGGGCAUCGACAUGCCCUACUAUAACAACUACUAGAAAGGGGUAGGGGUUAUUCUAGCGGGCUGAUUCAUUAUUGUGGGCCCCCUUCUUAAUAAGUAAUCCCUACUAUUCGCCAGGGUUCUUUUAGCCCCCUACUAUUCUUGAUAGAAGGGCCCCCCCCAUUCUAGUUAUAGUUCUAUGGUUCCCCCUCGACAUUCUAUGGGUCUGGGGCUGAUUAAUUGACUGAUUCCCUACUAUUGGGGGCCCUACUCUUUUCUAUGGCCUUUUCGGGGUCUGCGAGAAAGCGAAUAGUAGGGGGCUAGAAUAAUAUGAAAAAGGGCGACAUAGUA